AUGCUGAGUAUUUAUGAACUGAUUUUGGAACGAAAGAAAAUGUCUGAAUCUUCAACGAGAAUGUACAAUCCAAAUGAAAUAUCGUCAGACGUGGGCCAAAUAUUGACUCAACAGAAGAAACGUUCUGGCAUCCCACAAAUUGAGGUUGUGAAUGAAAUUCAAAUCGUCAUCAAUAAAAAUGAUAAUCAACGUAGUAGCAUAAAUGUACCAACGCCAAGUGAUAGUAAAGAUAUAAGAAAGUGUAUAAGCAGUCGAAGUAGUAAAACAGAUCUAACAGCUGUUACAACCAUAACAGCAGCCACCAUUGAAACAACAACGAAGAACGUCACAAUAAAGAGCUCACGUCGAACGAGCCGCGAAAAAGAGAAAAGUGAAUCAAACUCGACAAUUUGUGUUUGCGGAAAGCUUUUAAAGCGUGUUAAAGGACUUCUGGAAAAGAAAGAUAAAGGAAGCGGAGGGGCUUGUAUGCUUAAAGCUUCGAGCAUAUUUCCAUAUCCUAUUUAA